AUGCGCCUACUUCUCGCCCUGUCAGCAGCUCUACUUCCCUCCAUCGUCUCAUCCUUCCCCAAUACGCCUUUCAAAACCUCCUCACAAUGGGUCCACGACUCCACUGGCGAGAACUUUACCUAUGUCGGCGUCAAUUGGCCCGGCGCAGGUGAAGUCAUGAUCCCCGAAGGCCUGCAGUACCAAUCCAUCCAGUCCAUCGUUUCGAAGAUCAAAAGCCUGAACAUGAACGUCGUGCGCUUGACAUUCGCUAUCGAGAUGAUUGACGACAUCAAGGAUAGGGGUGGAGACGUGACAUUGCAGAAAGCAUUUCAGAAAGGACUAGGAAGUAAUGGAGAUAAGGUGUUCCAGAGUGUGAUCAAGAACAAUCCGCAGUUCACUGCAUCGACUACGAGGCUGCAGGUAUACGACGCCAUUGCGGCCGAGCUUGCGAAACAGCAGAUAUACGUUCAUCUCGACAACCACAUGUCCAAAGGAAAAUGGUGCUGCGGCGGGAACGAUGGGAAUACUUGGUUUGGAGAUACCGACUUCAACGUGAACAACUGGAAGCGCGGGCUACAGUACAUGGCCGACCAUAGCAAGAAAUGGCCCAACAUGAUUUCCAUCGGCCUCCGCAACGAGUACCGUAAGCCCGAUAAAGCCGGCAGCUCACUAGCAUACAACUGGCAAGUCUGGUAUGAGCAAAACAAAGCUGCAGCCGAUAUCGUCAACGCAGCGAAUCCGAAUAUCCUAGUUUUUCUCUCUGGGCUAGACUACGACACGAAACUUACACCCAUACCUAAUGCUGAUGAUUUGGGUGGCGGCAAGAAGUUCCGGCUAUCAGAUUUCUCGUACAAAGACAAACUAGUGUUGGAGCUACACAACUACCAGAACUCGGCAAAGGCUUGUGGUGAUAUCGAAGGCGGACUAUGGAAUAAUGGUUUCCGUGCCACUGGUGACAAAGCUGUCAACAGAAUGCCCGUGGUGCUGACAGAGUUCGGGUUUACACAAGCGGAUAAGUCGUACAAUGGGGUAUAUGCAACAUGUCUGCGCAAGCUCAUGCCACAGUGGAAGUCGGGCUGGACGGUGUGGGUCAUUAGUGGGAGCUACUAUAUAAGGAGUGGAACGCAGGAUUUUGAGGAGAAUUGGGGACUACUGAACCAUCAGUGGAGCGACUGGAGGAAUAAGGAUGCGAUUGCUGCGCUGAAGGGGAUGGUUGACGAGACCUUGAAGGCAGUGAACAGAUAG